GCGAGCCAUCGCCGGCGCCACAGACUUCGCGAGGCGGAUUCUCGCGGACCACGUGCUGAUCACCGGCACGCACCUGGAUACCCUCAGGGCCAUCAUGGGCUUCUGCACGACCGCGCUGGACACCAGCGACCGCCGGGACAGCGAAUAUCAG